AUGAAGAUACUAACCGGAACUCUUGUGACUUUGCUGAUCUCUUUCCAGUUCGCAUCUCAAGCUUCCGUAAAUCAAUGUUUGGUGUGUGACUCCAACCAGGUGGGAUGUGCCGAAGGUUCGCAGCAGUACCUUCAAACCUGCCCCGUUGAAAGUGAUGCCUGUUUUACAAGUGUGACCAAUGGAGUGCUAUUACGGGGGUGCUUAUCAUUUGUGAGUGGAAGCGAAGGGCAUCCGGACUGUACCGAGGAAGAAGGCCGUGGAUGUAUUAGCUGUACUGAAAAUGGGUGCAACAUUGUAUCAUGGUUCCGAUGUGCGCACUGCAAUGAUGCUGGUCCUGAUAAGUGUGCCGAUAGGCAACUCGUUACCUUUUGUCCUCAAUAUCGAUCCACAGAUCAGUGCUAUGAGAUCAUUGGAGGUGUUGGAUUAACGACAAUCUCAAAGGGUUGUAAAUCUACGUUAGAAAUGGCAAACAAGCCCUGCGACCAGAUAGAACAAUGCAGAACUAUCGGUAGAGAUAACAACAACUGUAGUAUUGGAAUAUCUCUGAAGACACCAGUGCAGUGCUUAGUGUGCUCCUCGGAAAAUGAUGCAAAUGAAGAAUGUGUAAAGGGUACUUCACCGGCGCAGAAUUGUCCUCAGGAAGAGGAUGUUUGUUUUUCACGAAUUAAAGGAAACACUUUAGAGCGGAACUGCCUAUCGACACUUCCUUCAGCAGAACGCGAUGUUUGUACCAGCGAGGAAAGUUCUUGUAUUACUUGCAGCGAUGCUGGAUGUAAUACAGAUCGGUUGCUCAAGUGCGUCCAGUGCAAGAAGUCAGACAAUAUUGAGUGUAUUGAUUUGGUCAUCAGUAGCACUUUGGAGCCAACAUUUUGUCCAAAGUUUCUGUCCGAUACGCGAUGCUUUUCGAGGAUUCUUGAAGAUGAUCUUGAGCGGGGCUGCAGCUCAGAUUCGACAGCUAUAUGUGAGGGGAACAAUCGAUGCCUUUCGUGUGAUUCGGAUGGAUGUAACGUGGAAUCCGAAACGUACCUAAACAAUGUUGCGAAAUGCUUUCGAUGCACUUCAAACAAUGGUGACAAUAUGGAUUGUGAUGAAGUUUAUCUUGCGGCAGAGGAGUGUGAUCAACUGGAGGAUAGCUGUUUUACGCGUGUACAAGGAGACGUAUUAGAGCGGAACUGUUUGUCAACUCUUGCUGAGGAAGAUCAGCAAAAGUGUCGUAACGAAGAAGAUACAUCUUGCUACAGCUGCAGUGGUCAUGAUUGCAAUCAGUAUCCAAGGCUUAGGUGCUAUCGUUGCUCAAGUGUGUUGGAUCCUCGUUGUGCUACUCUGGAAGAAAAUGAGCUUAGUUCUACAUUUUGCAAUAGUUUCCUGCCAGAUGACCGGUGUUACGCUAGAAUUGUUGAUCAACAUGUCGAGCGGGGCUGUGAGGUGGAUCUGCACAACAACGGCGAAGACGUUUGUGCAGGAGAUCCGUUGUGCUUCGCUUGUCACAGUAGUGGUUGUAACAAUGUAGACGAGAGUGAGCUUAAAAACAUGGCCAGAUGUAUCAGCUGUAGUUCCUAUAGAGAUGGAGAGGAGUGCGACAAAGCGGCACUAGAAGCGGAACGAUGUGAUUGGUUAGAUGACGUAUGCUUCACGAGAGUUGUAGACGACAACCUGCAAAGAGGAUGUCUUUCGACGUUGGAAGAAAAUGAGCAGGACAACUGUCGUGACGUGUCCGAUACUGCCUGUAUAACAUGCCAAUCCGCUUCCUGCAACAAUCAGCUAUGGUUAAAGUGCUUGAAUUGUAAAAAAUCCGACAACCCUGCUUGUAGUGAUCCAGUUUCCGUUUCUGAACACCAAGACCUUGCCUUAUUCUGUACUAAAUAUGACGCAAAUGCCGCUUGUUUUGCUAGAAUUACUGGAGAAGAUCUCGAAAGGGGCUGUUCUGUGGAGUUGUCUGAACCGUCCGAGGUCUGCAAGGAUACUGUAGCUUGUGAGACUUGUACUACAGACAGCUGCAAUGUACAGUCGGAAGAAUCUCUUUUGAGUUUCAGCAAAUGCGUGCAGUGUACAUCGGGAGAUGUGAGCACGGAUUGUAAUGAUCAGCUUCCAGAACCAACAAAAUGUCCAGAAAAGAGUGAUAAAUGUUUCACCCGAGUAUUUGAUGGCAUAUUAACACGAAACUGUCUCUCCUUUCUGGAAGAUACGGAACAGCUAAAGUGCACCGACCCCAAAGAUCUCUCCUGUAUCUCAUGCGAAACACCUGGAUGCAAUCAAAAUCACUGGACCAAGUGUCAUCAGUGUGAUCAAUCCAGCUCGGAUAGGUGCGAAAGUGAACAGAGUGAUGGUGAUGCAGCGUUAUGCAAGUACUACACUGCGGACGAGGAAUGCUACACAAAGCUAGACCAAAACCAGCAGCUCACUCGUGGAUGUCUCUCGGAUGUGGGCACGAAAGAUGAGCUGUGUUUCGAUGCGGAAUCUUGCAUCACCUGUAAGGGAGACUCCUGCAAUAAGGCCCCAGAGUCAUCGGUGGUGCAUAUAAAAUGUCAACAAUGUACGUCGGCUGAUGACGGCUGUUUGCAGGGAACGAUCCAGAGUAAACCAUGCCUGCUACAAGAUGAUAGUUGCUAUACUACUGUAAACGGUGAUAAACUACUUGAACGAGGGUGUCUGUCAAUGUUGAGUGAGGACUUGCAAGCAAUAUGCACCGAUGAAUCGGAUCAAUCGUGCAUCGUAUGUUCGGAGGAUGGAUGUAACGAGCUGCGAUGGACGAGGUGUUAUCGCUGCAACAGUACAGCGUCAGAUAACAGCUGUGAUCAUAAACUUAGGCCGGAUUUGGUGGAGUUUUGUCCAUCUUACCAUGAGAGUGCUUUAUGCUAUGCAGUGAUCGAUGAAGGAUCAGUUACACGAGACUGUACGAACGAGGCGGCAAACAUCUGCGAUGGAAAUAACCGUUGCGUGGCAUGCAAAAACGAAGGAUGUAAUGAUAUACCAAAAACGGAAUUGAAUAGCGUACAUACCUGCUAUCAGUGUCGGUCGGACGUUGAAGACUGCGAUAAUCUCGAAAGGCACGUGCACGAAUGCAGCGAACGUAACGAUCAAUGCUACACAAGAGUUGAUGAUCAGCUUACCCUCCAUCGGGGAUGCUUGUCAGACAUUGAUGCCGUUGAAUGCGUCAAUAGUGAGCAUUGCUUGAUUUGUCCUGAUGAAAACUGCAAUAGUGCCCCGUGGGCAAAGUGUUUCCAGUGCAGUAAUAGCACCAGCGAAAAAUGUUCCCUCCAACAGACAUUCGACGACAAUCUGAAGUACUGUCAACAGUAUGCGAAGCAUGGCGAAUGUUACAGCAUGAUCGAUCCAACGCAAUUUAGACGAGGUUGCACAUCAGACCUGGGUGAUGUGCCGUGCGAUGUGCCAGAAGAUUGCGUCCGGUGCCAUGGUGAUGGUUGCAAUCGAAACUCUUUUAAAAGCUACUUUGAUCCAGCGCACUGUUUGCGGUGCCACUCAGAUAUGCAUAUCGGAUGCAUUAAUGGGACUGCACCAUCGGUGGCCUGCGAAAAUCCGGACGAUGUUUGCUUCUACCGGAGAGCCUCGACGAAAGCCAUCCAUCGUGGAUGUUUAUCUGAGCUUACAGCCACCGACCAACGGAUGUGCCAGAGCUCGACCAGCGUAGCCUGCCGUACGUGCGAUGCGAAUGGUUGCAAUACGCCCAAAUGGCGAAGCUGCUAUAAGUGCAGCAGUCUGGUGGAUGGAUCGUGUGCAGUUACGCAAACUAACAGUACGUUUUUGGAGUUUUGCUUAAAAAUCGAUGAUGAUUGCUACGAAGAUAACAACCAAGGGGAAAUACAUCGAGGAUGUGGUAGACACUAUUGCGCCCAUAAGCAGACCUGCGUUGAGUGUACCACGGAUGGGUGCAACAGCCAGCCAGAAAGCACUCUGGAACCGUCCCGUUGUUUAGUGUGCGAAUCCACCGAACCUUUCUGUGCGAAUGCCACUAGUAUGGAUGAGUACUGUCAUUUCCUAAAUGAACCUUGCUACACCUUGCUUCGUGCUGAUGGCAUCCUUGAGCGAGGUUGCUUUUCAAAGGUCGACGAAAACUACAAAAGCAUUUGCCUCAACGAAACGGAUCCUUCCUGCAUGGUGUGCAACAGGAGUUCAUGUAAUCAUGAUGAAUGGCGCCAGUGUGUACAGUGUCGAUCAUUGGAACUGGACCAGUACUGUUCCAGGGCAACAAGCCUGCUAACAUCACACUUUUGUCCACGGUUCCAACAUAAUGAUCUGUGCUACGCCAAGGAUGUACAGGGCAUAGUGAUGCGAGGAUGUCAAUCCGACUUCAUCACCCAACUAGAUCCGUGCGAAGGAUUGGACGGAAAGAACUGUUACACAUGCAACUCGGAUCACUGCAAUGUUAAAUCGCUAAACGGUGCUGAUCGUUUGGCAUCCCAAGGAUUGUUGACAUCUGUCGUUCUAGUGUUGUUCCAUCGAUUCCUCAUCUGGUACUAG